UCCACCCCUUUGUUAGACAUUGAUUCAUGGAUCCUGAAGGCAAAAAGUUUGGAAGAGGGCCAAGAGAACUUAUAGGGGCAGUGGAUCUUAUAAGUCACUAUAAAUUGUUGCCUCACCAUGAGUUCUUCUGCAAGAGGUCACUUCCUUUAUUAGUUUCAGACACACACUACCUUCACAAUGUGGUGGGAGACACUGAAAUUAGGAAAGGCGAAGGGAUGCAACUGGAUCAACUCAUUCAAGAAAUAUCUUACUCAAAAGAAACAAAUGCUCGGAUACAGCCUUUUGACUUAGAUGCCCUUGGAGAAGCAUUUCAACUCAAGGAGACUACUCUGGUUGAUCUGCCUCCAGCAGAGAAAGGGAUCCCUACUAUUGUGGGAAAAUCUAAAAACAAGUCCAAAGACAAGGAAAAAAAGCAUAAAAAGCACAAGGACAAAGAUCGGGAGAGGGAUAAAGAACAUAAGAAGCAUAAGUGGCUGCAAGGUGUUGUCAAGGAUCUCCAGCUUGAUCCUACCUCCAGACCCAAUUUCCAAUUGGUGGACAACCACCUCCUCUACAAGGGUAGGUUGUACCUACCAAAGGGCUCUUCUCUCAUUUCUCUGCUAUUACAUGAGGGACAUGAUGGGAAUGUGGGAAGACACUCGGGAUUUUUGAAAACCUACAAGAGGAUUGUAGCUAAUGUAUAUUGGCCGGGAAUGAAGCGAGACAUCCACCGGUAUGUGAGUAAUUGUGUUGUUUGCCAGCAAAACAAAGUGCUAGCCCUAAAGCCCGGAGGGCUCUUGCAGCCCCUUCCUAUCCCAAAUCAAAUUUGAGAUGACAUUGCUAGGGACUUCAUUGAAGGCUUACCAAGGUCGGGCAAAAUGGAUUCUAUUUUGGUGGUGGUGGAUAGACUCAGUAAGUAUGGGCAUUUUAUUGGGCUUAACCACCCUUUUACAGCGGGAGAGGUGGCAGGGAUUUUCAUCAAGGAAGUUGUGAGGCUUCAUGGUUUACCACGAUCCAUUGUAUCCGAUAGGGACAAGAUUUUCAAGAGCAGAUUUUGGGAGGAAUUGUUUCGCCUCCAAGGCACCAAGCUCCACCGCAGCACAGCUUACCAUCCACAAACGGAUGGUCAAACAGAGGUGCUUAAUAGGACCUUGGAAACAUACCUUCCCUGUUUUGCUUCCUCUAAACCUAAAGCUUGGUUUGUGUGGCUGCCUUGGGCUGAACUAUGGUACAACACUUUAUACAACACAACCUCGAGAAUGACACCAUUCCAGGCAGUGUAUAGGUGAGAACCACCAGCAAUAUUGAGGGUUGAAAGGGAAUCCACUCAUGUUUCGGUGGUUGAGCAACAGC